UCCCGCAGAACACUUGACAACAAAAACCACGUGUGGAGUACAACGUUCGCAGUUUUCUUGAACUUUAACCCCGUAAGCCGCGUCUAAUUUCGCCGCGAGGACCAUCCAUCAUUAGAGGAUGACCUCAGUCUGCUAAUGACCAGCCGGGUUGGCCCAUGACUCACGGGGUUGACUGACAGGACAACCCGGGGGGAUGAGUACACCUGGGACAGCAAGAUUCGGGCAUGGAAAAGUGGACCCGUAUGGGUUUGAGAGAAAGGAGGAGUUUGACUUUGAUGCCUACGAGAAGUUCAUGUCCACCUACCUGUCUGUUCUGACCAGGAGGGCACUCAGGUGGAAGGACACCUACGAUGGUAAAACAAAGCUGCCCAGGUCCAGGAAAUUGAAAAGAUUUUGUAGGAAGGGCAUACCUGGAGAUAUACGACCUGAGGUGUGGAUGCAGAUUAGUCUGGCAGCAAAACGCAUGUCUGAAGACCCGCAGAGGUACGCCACCCUGAGGAGCCAGAUGACCGACCCGUCAGUGUCCGACACCAUUGUCUUAGAUCUGCACAGGACAUUCCCUGAAAAUGUUUACUUCAGUGAGCUGACAGACCCAGGAUCUUUACGCAGACCCCUACAGAAUGUUCUGGAGGCCAUUUCUCUGAGUAUACCACACAUUGGAUAUUGCCAGGGUAUGAACUUCAUUGCUGGGCUGUUGCUCUUAGUGGUGAAAACAGAAGAAAAAGCUUUUUGGUUGAUGGACACACUCAUACAGAACAUUCUACCAGACUUCUAUGCACCAAACAUGAUAGCUAUCAAAGCUGAGCAAGAUCUGCUUGGAGAGGUUGUCAGGUGGAAGUUGCCAGACCUACAUGCACACCUUGAAGGGCUGGGGGUGCAGUGGUGUCUGAUUGGCAUGAAGUGGUUCAUCUGCCUGUUUGCAGACGUCAUGCCUGUUGAGACGGUGUUAAGAAUUUGGGACUGCCUGUUCAUGGAGGGGUCAAAGAUUCUGCUGCGUGUGGCCUUGACCUUGAUAACCUUGAACAAGGACCGUCUGAUGCAGUGCACCAACUUCCCUCAGGCCGUGGACGUGUUCAAGGACAUUGUGAAGGACCCCAUCACCCUAGACUGUCAUAAUUUCAUGAAGAGUAUUUUCACUGUGACUGGGUCUAUGCCCAGGUCUAAGAUAAUCUCUAUGAGGGAGAAGUGUGUUCGACAGAAUCUGAAACAGUAACAGACUCAUGCGUGUGUGUCAUCAAGUCAAUAUCAAGUUUUUCAUCAAGCAAAUAUCAAGUCUAUCAUCAAUUACAUCAUCAAGUUGAUCAUAACGACUUUAUCAAGUUAUUAUCAAGUGAAUCAUCAAAUCCAUAUCAAUUUUACUAUCAAGUCCAUAUUAAUGUUAUAAAUUAUAUUGUCAAAUGUAUAUGAAGCUUCUCAUAAAGUGAAUUAUCAGGUCCUUGGUCAAAUCUAUCAUUAUUGUUAUAUCAUUACAAUAAUCAUCAAGCAUAUCAACUCAAUCAAUCCAUUUUUAAGCCAGUCAUCGUCUAGCAGGUUGAAUAUCAAGACUAUUGUUACAACUGUCUUUUAAAUAGAUUAAUGAUCAUUAGUCUUUUAGGAACCAUUUUUAGAAUCUUCAAUUGUUUUAUUAAGUAAUUAAUAUAUUUUUCAUCAAAUAUACAUUUUUUAAAAUGUGGUAUGAAUCUAAUGUUAUUGAGAAGCCUGGGUGACAUGGAUGAAUUAAUAUAUUAUGAUAUAUAGCUUUUAAUCCUUCCACAGCAUUAGGGUAUUCAUUGAUUAAUUAUAUGUGCUCAAUGACCACAUAUUUACGUGGUCUUUUUAUGUACGUCAUGGUCCAUGCUUUAAUUAUUUUGAUUUAAAACUUAGUUAGAUUCCAGAAAACUCUUGGGCUAAUAAUAGCUUGCUAUCUAACACUUGUUACCUUUUCGUGUUAUAGACCUAGCAGUGAAAAAUGUUUCUCUUUUAAACUGUUUGAGCAGUGGUAAAAAUUGUUUGUUUUUUUUACAAAUUUUAUGAAACAGAUCCAGCAGUAUAAACAUUAAACUGUACUACUGCUCUGUGUUACAACAUAAAAGUUAUUCUAGUGCUGUUGUUUUAUUAUGUGAACAUAUUUGUAAUGUGCAAUAAAAAAAAAGUUGUAAACAAUUAAAAUGAACAAAUAUUUAAGUUAAUUAAUUUAAAUUGAGGCUAUGAACUUAAUUAUUUUUUUCUCAUAGUAUUGAAGGUGUGAAUAGAAUUUUGCAUUUGUAGAUUCACUUGUUAUCAAACAGGCCAAAUUAAACAAAAUCUUUGCAAUAAAAAUUGUAAAAUUAUAAUUGAUUUUCAAAGUAUGUAAAAAAUUAUUUGAAAAAAUGUGCAAUAAUUUUUCAUUCAUUCAUUGGUUGUUGUAUUGGUGAUUAUAUUUUUAUUGUUUAUUCUUGCUUUCUAAAAAUGACUGUCCAUUGGCCAGAAAAAUAUUUUUUUAAAUGAACCUUUUUUAUUUUUGCAUGACUAAUGAUUAAAUGAACCUUUUUAUUUGUGUUACUAAUGUUUUAAAUUAACAAUUUUAUUCGUAUGACUAAUGUUUUCUGUGUUUUUAUACAAAGGUUCAUUUUUUCAGUUGCAUACAUUCCUCAAGUCUAGCUCAAUAUGUGUCUGUUGCUGUUUCCUAUUGGGCUGUUAGUAAUGGUAUACAAGUGUGACUCUCCAUGACAGUGUACUUUGUUUGCAUCCAUGUUUAUGUAUAUUUUUUAUUAGCAUCUGUGCUCAUGUUAGUAAUACAGUUUUAAAUCACUUUUAACACUGAUUUGGAGGGUAAACAUUGAUUUGGACUAAUAGUCCUAUUGAAAUAAUAGUUUCACUGUUGACUUAAUGCUGAGUGUAAUUCUGAAAAAAAAAUUUAAUUACCUUUGGCAUCUUUGCACUUCGGAUAUCAGUUUGCUACUGUUAAAAGACAAUUGAAAUACACUUUAGUUUGAUUUCUUUUUUAAAUCUCCGUCACAAAUAUAAACAUUUAUAAAGAUUUAAAAAUUAAUAUAAUCUCAAAAUUAUUGUUUUAAUUUUUUUUUUUUACGCUAGCUUAAAAUUUCUUUAAAUGCCAAGCAAGUCCAUUUGAUUGCAGGCAAACACAUGCCAUUGAGAUAGAUGGUCACCACAGUCUAAUACAUGAAAUUUUUACAGGAGAACCUUUUUCCAAUGUUUAAAGUAACACUGGUUUAUCUCUUGUUCAUGACAGUAAUUCUUUCUGCAAUGUUAAUACAGUGAAUUAGUAAGGGGAGAUGAAUUGGGUGAAUGUUAUUUGUACUUUGUACCCUGUCCCGUUCGUCUCUGUUCAAUCCUCCUUUGAGUUGUGACAGUCCAGUUUGUACCUGUUUUCUGUAAGGAUAUAAGGUGUGUGUGAUUGACUCAGCCUCAGUCUAGUCCAGUUCUUCCACUAGGUUAGUGAAGGUUAGUUCUGUACUGUUAGACAGCCACUGUAUCUUAGCUUGUGUACUAGCUUGUGUAUUUAUAUUUAGAAUAGUUUGCCUUGUGUAGAUAGUAUUAAACUCAUUUAGUUUUAACGAGCUGUCAUUUCAUUUAGUCUUGUUUUGUAACCAGCUUGUGGUUGUUAGUCUUAUAUGUUGUGCUAUGCACUGGAUCACUCGUAAACAUGUAUCCGUAUGUUACCAACAGUUAAAAACAUAUAAUUAGGCACAGAUCAAAUUAUAAUUACACAAAGCCUCAGGAAAAAAUAUUCUACAAUGAAUUCAGGGCAUGUUUAGUGGCACAUAUCUAAUAAUCAUAUCCACAUAGUUUUAUAUCUGGUCUACCCUAAGUGGUGUUUCCAAGUUAUAAAGUUUUAGAUUUUGUACUUUUUAGCAUUGUUUUCUUCAAGAACAAAAAAGAACAAUUUCAACUUUUUCAAUUUAUAUUUCAUUUACUGAGAUAUUAUAUUUUAAAAUUCUAGCUGUUUGUAUGUGGUUUGAUAAUUCAAUAUGUGUGUGGUUUGUAUACUCCAAUACAGAAAUCUGAACAUUUUGUUAAACUUGCUUUAUGUUCAAUGUUUGAGAAUUUACAGUGUAUUUGUCUUUAUACCACGCUGGCCAAGGGUUACGGAUGAUGUUACGAAUCCAUUUUUUUGUCGAAAAUAUUUUCACCAAUUUCUAACACCAUGUUACCCCCAGGGUAAUGGAAGAUGAGGUUAUACAUUUAUUGACUUUUUACAAGCGUUGUAAACAUCACAUUAUCUGUAGGCACAGAUAAUGUGAUAAGAUAUUACUAUUAUAAAGCAGUUUUUAGAUUUAAAUAUUUUCACCUAUAGUAAAAUUAGAACUAUUCAUGCUUUAACAAUUUUAAAAGUCUUAUCACUUUGUUUUUUUUAAAAAUGUAUCAUCAUCAAUGAAGGGAUAUUGGGUUACAAUUUUUCUUAAGGUCAGGUAAAAGAAUUUAUAGCACAUUGUACACUUAAGUUGUGUUUUUUUUUCCUCAAUGGCUGGAUUUUAAAUGAAUUUUUUUAACAUACUGACUUGUUAUAACAAAUAGAUUUGAACUAAUACAGCUCAUUUAGCAUCCGUACUGACUAUAUUUUUUUUUUGCAUUACCGACAUAUCAUUUUAUACCAGUAAGUUUUAUUGUUUAUUUUGAGUUAAAAAUAAAGAUAUUUUUCUAUGUAGAACCAAAUGUUAAUAAAUUUUAUUGGACUUAAAAAAAGAAAAUUUGUACUUUGAAUUUUAUGCUGGUAUUCUGUUUUUUUAUUUAAGUAUAUAGCAGUUAAUAAUGCUUCUAACACUGCUUUACACUUAUGAUAUGUAUAAUAUUAUACAUCUUAAAAAAACUUGCAACAAGUAAGUAUACAUUUUCCAUGGGAAAAAUUGUUUUCAGAUAACAUCAAAUUAUUGCGAUGUUUUUUUUGCAAGUGUUAACGUGGUGUAAUUGAACAAAGUUUGCUAACCUUGAGUUAUU